UUCUACAUCCGCUUCACCCCGAUUAGCGUAUAACGAUGGUCGAUGAGUGACAACCGGAACAGUGGCAUUAUUGCUGGAAUAUUCAUCAGCUAGGAGAAAAAAUGCAGGCUCUUGUGUCAGCACCAACUAGCUGUUACAUCAAUUGCACAAGAAGAAGAAGAUUUAUACACAAUAAUCAAUAUGACACCUCCAAAGAUUACCCCUUUUCUUCUUCACCAACUAAAUCACUUUGUUUUUCAAGCACCCAUUUGCCUUUUCAAUCACAAAAUCUUGUUCUGUAUCGAAAACCCAUUUCAUUAAUAUCCAGAGGACAGCUUCUGUGUUCAAAUUCGUCAACUGCCAUUACUGCUGAUGGUGAUGACAACAAGAAUAAAAGCUUUGGGGAUUGGAUCCAAAGUGUUGGGGAAACGAUUUCUGUUUUGUUUCCCUUGUGGGUAGCUUUGGGUUGCUUGAUUGGGCUGCUUAAACCUAGCUCGUACAAUUGGGUCAAACCUCAAUGGACUGUGAUGGGCAUUACACUCACUAUGCUUGGUAUGGGAAUGACUCUUACUUUCGAUGACCUUCGUGGUGCUUUAGCGAUGCCUAAAGAGCUGUUCUGCGGAUUCAUCCUUCAGUAUUCGGUGAUGCCUUUAUCGGGAUAUUUUGUUAGCAAGCUAUUAAAUUUGCCAUCCCAUUAUGCAGCAGGCUUGAUAUUGGUUGGCUGCUGUCCUGGAGGGACGGCAAGUAACAUUGUCACUUACAUUGCACGUGGAAAUGUGGCGCUUUCAGUUUUGAUGACUGCUGCAAGUACCCUAUCUGCCGUGGUGAUGACCCCUUUUCUAACAGAGAAACUUGCAGGGCAAUUUGUUGCAGUAGAUGCAGCUGGACUUUUCAUGUCUACUUUACAGGUGGUGCUUCUUCCUGUAUUAGCUGGUGCAUUUCUGAAUCAGUAUUUCAAAGGCCUAGUCAAAAUCGUGUCUCCAUUGAUGCCACCUAUUGCUGUAGCAACUGUUGCUGUUCUUUGUGGAAAUGCAAUUGCACAGAGUUCUUCUGCAAUCCUUAUGUCAGGACAACAGGUUGUCAUAGCUGCUGCUCUUCUUCAUGCGUCUGGCUUCUUCUUUGGCUAUGUACUCGCAAGGAUGCUUGGAGUUGAUAUGUCCUCCUCAAGGACAAUAUCUAUUGAAGUCGGAAUGCAGAACUCGGUUCUUGGAGUAGUUCUAGCCACUCAGCACUUUGGUAAUCCACUUACUGCAGUACCAUGUGCCGUUUCUAGUGUUUGCCAUUCGAUAUUUGGCAGUGCCUUGGCUGGCAUAUGGAGGCGUUCUAUUCCAGAUAAAGUGCAGGACUAAGUCACUCUGUUGGCAAUUCUAUGAUGGUCUGAAUAUAAGAUUGUAGUUUUUCGCAGUGAUCAUCAAGCUUGGUAGUCAGUGAAUUCGGAGAUCUUUUUAUUUUUUUGGGAAGUUCAUAGUGAUGUCUGGCGAAUCAGCAUUAAUCUGUCUGUAGUAAAACCAAUUUUACUUUGUUGGUGGUGGCGGUAGUAAAACCUAUAAACAUCUUGAUCAUUGGCAGGAAUUUAUCUGCAUCUGAUAUCUAAUUCUUGUUCUGUAUUGA